AUGCGUCUCCGCGGCAACCCCGUCCGGUUCCACUGGGUGGUUCUGGCGGCCGUGAGCGAGAGGGUGGAGGCGUGGCUUCGAGCGGGAAAGGCGGGGCUCGAGGAGGCUCUGCAGCAGUUGUCUGCCGGCCACGUCACAGAGGCGGGACUUCUGGCGGUGCUGGAUUUCGCUUACUGCGGAGGGAUGCUCGGGCCACCAGCCGAGGGAGGGGCGCUGGACGAUGUCAUGUCUGCUUGCAGAUAUCUGGGUGUUCCGCGACUGACUCAGGUGUGUAAGGGAAAUGGCGCCCCCUGUGGGUCAAAGGAGAGAGAGCAGAGCCUGGAGGUCAUCAGGAGACUGUGGGUCAGCAGAGCAGGCUGUGACGUCCUCAUUAAAACUGAGGAUGGAGAAAGCAUUCCAGCUCACCGAGUGGUCCUGGCAGCCGGCGGGGACUACUUCCGGGCCCUCUUCUGCGGAGGGUUACGCGAGUGCGGCCAGGACGCGGUGCUCCUGCGCGGCGUCUCCUCCGGCACACUGCGCCCCCUGGUGGGCUUCCUCUACUCGGGCAGGCUGGAGCUGAGCUGGGCCUGCGUGUGGGAGCUCACCGAGGCAGCGCUGCAGUUCCAGCUCCAGGGGGCGCUGUCGCUCUGCCUGGCCUUCCUGCAGGAGCGGAUGGACGCCGGCUCCUGCCUGGACGUGCUGGCCCUGGCCGAGGCCUACGGGCUCGGGGAGCUGGCGCAGGCGGCGGAGGGCUACAUCCUGGCCCACUUCCAGAAGGUGGCGGAGGGGGAGAAGUUCCGCGACCUGCCCCUCGAUCAGCUGGAGAGGCUGCUGGAGAGAGACUCUCUCAGUGCUGAGAGCGAGAUAGUGGUGUUUCGGGCAGUGCUGUGCUGGAUCGAGGAUGACCGUGACGGGAGGCUCUUCUACCUGCCCAGGCUCCUGCAGGCGGUGCGCCUCCCCCUCAUGUCCCCCUCAGAGCUGCGGGAGGUGCGGAGCUGCGACCUCAUGCCGCAGACACGCGGGGGCAGGGCGGCUCUGAAGAAGGUGGAGGAUAUCCUGGAGGGGAACCAGCUGUACCCAGACUGCCGGCCGCGCACCGCAAACCAGGUUCUCGUUCUGGUCGGGGGAGACUGCGUGGACGAGGACUUUGCCCGGCGCGAGCCCAACCGCAGCCUCUGGGUGGCUCGCCGUUUCUUGAAAGGGCCGGGUCUGAUCAGAACCGUGGAGUGGCGUCCGCUGGCCCAGCUCCCCGACCCGCCCCGGUUCCGCCACUGCGUGUGCGUUCUCCAGAACAAGCUCUACGUACUCGGUGGACGCAAGUACUACGGGUCACUGGACAUUCUGAAGUCAGCGAUGAGGUUUGACCCCGUGCGGGGGACCUGGGAGCGGUUGCCAGAUAUGGCCAGUCCUAGAGAUUACUUCGCCGCAGUUUGUCUGGAUGGCAAGGUGUUUGCAUUGGGCGGUAACCCUGACGACAUACACUGCCUGGACACUGUGGAGUACUUCACUCCCGAGGACAACACCUGGAGACUGGCCCAUCCUCUGGACGUGGGUCUCUGCGGCCACGCUGCCACCGUGUGGGACGGCGAGAUCUUCGUGUCGGGCGGCUACGACGCCACCUUCCGCUGCUACGCCUCCCUGUGGCACUACCACCCCGCGCGCGGCUGCACGCCGCGCGCCUCCAUGGCGACCGGCACGGGCCGCGCGGGCCACGCGAUGCUGGCGGCGGCGGCCGGCCUGGUGGUGGCCGGCGGGCUGCGUCCGUCCUGGCGGGGCUACAUCGACCAGCUGCAGUGCGAGCUGUACUGCCCGCGCCGCAACACCUGGACGCUCUUCCCCGUGCUGCCGCGGGCGCACCUGUCGCCGGCCGCCGCCGCGCUGGACGGGCAGCUGUACGUGCUGGGCGGGUCGUCGGCGGACACGGCGCGCGACACGGCGUGGGUGCACCGCUACGACCCGCGCGAGGGCCGCUGGGACAAGCUGGGGGCCAUGCCGAGGCCCUACGCCGACCUGUGCGCCUGCGCCCUGCAGCUGCCCGCGGGGGUGCAGGUGUAGCAGAGACUCACAACACACACACACACACACACACAC